CUCUAGAUUCGUCUCUUAUUAGAACUGACAAAUAAAGAUGUUUCAUUUUUUUCCCCUUCUCCUCCUCCUCAUCAUUCUCCAUUUCUCUCACUUCACAAGUGGGAAAACACCAAUCACUUCAUAUUCCACAAAUAAUCUUGUUUACACAUCUUGCACUAAUGCAAGUUACCCUAAAAUUUGCAUUAGAACCCUCUCAUCAUACUCAACCAUAAACACACCAAAAGACUUAGCAAAAGCAUCAUUAAAUGUGAGUAUUUCAAGAGCCAACAGAGCAUCCAAAUUCCUCAAAAAUCUCAAAGUAAAAAGCAAAAGAGAAAAAGGGGCACUUGUUGAUUGUAUAGAGCAAAUAGGUGACUCUAUACAUGAGCUUAGAAAGGCUCUUUUUGAGCUAAAACAUUUGCAUAAAGGGACUGGUUUUAAGUUACAAAUGAGUAAUUUGGAGACUUGGGUUAGUGCUUCUUUGACAAAUGAUGAUACUUGUCUUGAUGGUUUCAAAGAAAUUGGUGGAAAAGUUAGGUAUGAUGUGAAGAGAAAGAUUUCUAAUGUUGCUAAGGUUACUAGUAAUGCUCUUUACCUCAUCAAUCUACUCUACGACAGAGGCGCAUCCAGAAUCUGAAGUUAUCAAAUUCAAUUGUUUAAAGCUUUUAUCAUAGAGUACUUUUAAUAACAAAUUUUAUAUAUAUCUUUGUUUUCCGUGUCAAAAAUAUUGAAUUCAGUUCAUAAACUCUGUUUGAUCCAUCU